CUUCGGAGCAAAGCUUCUUCCCCUAUGGACGCGGAUGGACGACCGUAAGAGGACCAUCCAUAAAUUUUACUCGUGCCACCUCUUGUUCUCUAAGUUCUCUCUCCUAGGGUUUCCAACAUUUCUGUCCUCCAUAGGGUUUCCAACAUCUCUAUCCUCCAUAGGGUUUCCAACAUUUCUACCCUCCAUACGUAGGAGUGCACUUUGACGACCAUUCUUCUUCUUGCAACGUUAUUUCUCGUUGUUCGUCUGUCUAUGGAGGGCUCAGUCUUUUGAAGCUAACUUGUGUAAGGACCAAUCGACGCUAAGUUUUGUUGGUUGCUAUUGAUAGUAGAAUGAGUUCCUCCUCGAUUUUUAAGAGUCUUCGGGAGCUUUUCCCUCAGGUGGACCUGCGUAUAUUAAGGGCUAUAUCUAUUGAACAUGAAGAAGAUAUUAAUGAAGCAAUUGAGUUUAUCUUGUCGGAAGUCUUACCUGCAGCAAACACAAAACCAGAUUUUCCAUGCAUUCUUCAUGACAAUGGUAUUCCGGAACAAGAAUUAAGGGAGAGAGACAAUGGACCUGAGCAUAUCAACAUUCCUGAUGACAAAACAGUCUCUCCUUUUGGCAUGCCAGAUUUUAUUGUAGGAGCUGAAAAUCGAGGCAUGGACUCUUUAGUUGCAGAUGGUACAAAAGGAUGUGUUUUAUGGCAACCCCAUCUUAUGUUUUUAGCUGCAGAUUCAAAACCAAGUACAGAACAAGAAGAAUCUAGUUAUAAUAACGGCUUGAGUUUGAAUUUAAAUCACUUGUCUGAGAAAGAGGAUGAGAACUUCUUUUAUAAACCACCUAAUCAAAACAAUCAUUUUGAAUCCCUCUCUGAUGGAGGACCUGAGAAUAUCAUUCUGACUAAACAGCUUACCAAAUAUUCCGAGGAGCUUGAAACUAAAGAUGUGUUUCAAUUGAGAGAUGGAGAAAACAUUACAGUUCAACUUGAUGAGCAAACCAUUUCAUCAGCUGUUUUUGAUAAUAACUGUGAAAGUCCCGUGGAAUAUGGAUCUGAAAAACAGAAUGACAUCAACAUUGAACUAAAUGUAUGCGACAAUUUGUCUGGAUGUUCUAGUGAUGGAUAUAGACCUUUUAAUUUGCAUGACUUAGAAACUGUGGUUUAUCCAUCGCCUGUCCUUACAUGCGCUCUUAGCUUGUCAGGUGUCAGUGAGAAAGAUCAGAUUUAUCAGGAUUCUAUAAAUGAAACUUACAAGGAUGCAAUUGAUUAUGAAAAUCAUAGCGCCCAUGAUUUAGAUGUGAAUUAUUUGGAUAUUUCAUCAGAGGAAUAUGUUCUCCCUAUAGAUUUAGCUACUCAAUCAGGUCAUGCAGUUAGCACAGAUGUGGUUGAGGAGUCUAUUGAGGAUGCCAAAAUCAGCAAGAAAUACUUGGUAUGCUCCUUGGAAUCCAUGGUGAGUAUGAUGCGAGAAGUUGAACUUCUUGAAGGGAAGGCUAAGCAGGCUCAAGAGGAGGCUUCUGUUGCUGGUCAUCAUAUUCUUUCAAAGGUUGAGGAACUCCAACAGAUUGUGAAACAAUCUAAGGAUGAAAACGAUAUGCAAUCUGGUCAAGUGUAUGGUGAGCGAUCAAUCUUAGCAACUGAAGCUCGGGAACUACAGUCUCGUCUCCUCAGAAUGUCAGAGGAAAGGUGUAAAUAUCUAUCAGUCAUUGAGGAGAUUUUUGGAGCAUUGGAAGUACGACAAUCAGCAGCCAAAGAUGUAAUUGCUGCAGCUGAUUUAGAAAAACAGGAAAAGGAGGAAGUUGCUCUGAAAGCUCUAAAAGAGCAAGAAUUAUUGAUGGAUGCUGUACUUGCAGAGUCCCAGAAUUUGAAGCAGGAAGAAGAGGAGAAUUCUAAGCUGAGAGAAUUUUUGAUGGAUCGCGGCCAUGUUGUCGAUUCAUUGCAAGGUGAAAUAGCCAUUAUUUGUGAAGAUAUUCUCUCACUUAAGCAAAGAGUUGACGGACGCAUCCCUUUCACUAGAUCUCUAAUUUCAUCAUCUUUUACCAAAUCUCUAAUGUCAUCAUUUUCGUCGAGCUGUGGAUCAUCUGUAAACUCUUCUGAACAUAAUGGAGGAUCACCAUCAUCAACAAACCGUCUUAUUAACACGGAAACCCAUGAAAAGCAUCAGGAAGUAGAAAAUACUUCUCUAAACUCACUCGACUCUCGCAGCAAUCCUUUAGAUGAUUGGGAACUAUGUGAAAAGUGAGAUUUAAUUCUCCUAUACAGAAUAUUGCUACGCUAUGAUCGUUUGCUGCAAUAUUAAUUAACUAUUUUACAUUUCUUUGAGCGGUGAAACUAAUUGCAUGGUUCAUUUUCAGAAAAAUUGUCCUUGUAAAUAUGUCGUCGUUUCAGAACAGUGAGCACUUAAUAGUUCUUUUUAAGAGGCUUGAGAAUAACGUACUAGCUACUUGGGAAGCUCUACUCCCAAAACAUAUUAUCUUGUGCAUAUAUUUAAAGAACCUUCUGAAAUGUUCGUCUCU